AUGAGAGCUCAGGAGGCAGCUAAACAAGCAGAACUUCGCGCGAAAGCUUCAUUUCUGGAGGAGAGAAGAAAGGUGGAAGAAGAAGAACUUCUGCUGCGGCUCGAAGUGCAGAAGCGCAAGCUGCAGCAAGAAAUGGAGCUGAAGGAGAUGGAGCUUCGUCAGAGGUUGAUGUCUCGGCAGAAGAAAGAAGAACUGCACAUCCGUCAGCAGAUGGCUGAAGUUGAUGCCAGAGAGAACGCUUUGGAGACGGUGAAGUUCGCUGGAAACGUCACCGAAUAUACUCAGUUCACCAAGACCUUCGACAGCAACAUCGGAUCCAAACUGGCCAACGAUGAAGAGCGCCUCGCUUACUUGGACCAAUACCUGGUGGGAGAACCCAAGGAGCUGAUAAGAAGUUGUCUGCUGAUGUCACCAUCUGAAGGGUACAGCGAGGCCAGGAACCGGCUUCAUCAGCGGUAUGGAGAUCCAUACAGAACUGUGGCUAUCCUGAUCAACAAGAUCAUGAAGUGGCCCUCGGUCAAACCUGAAGACGCGCAUGGCUUGGAUAAACUCUCUCUGUUCCUGUCGAGCUGCUACUCUUCGGUAACAAGUGAAGCGUCAUCUCUACAGCUAGACCAGCCAAGUGUUCUGAGGAGUGUCCUGGACAAGCUGCCUCCUGGUAUGCAGGAUAGAUGGAGAAGGAAAGCUGUGAGAAUCCGGGACUCGCAAGGAGACGUGAAGUUCAAGGACUUGGUCUCCUACGUCGCAGAGGAAGCCAGAGUACUGUCUGACCCUCUCUUCGGAAGACAAACCCCCGACAAGUCAGUCAGAGAAGCACAGAGGACCGAAGGAUAUGGUCAUGGAAGAUCUGGACGCGUGAUGGCCACGAACAUCAACAGCAGAGAUCAGCAAAGAAAAUGUUGGUUCUGUGGAGAGGAACACUUGUUAGAAGACUGUACGACGCUGAGGUCGAAGUCAAUGCAGGAGAGGAGGGAGUUCAUUCUGAAAAACGCCCUGUGCUACGGCUGCUUGCGGAAGUGGCAUCGCGUGUCUGUCUGCUCGGCUCGGAAGUUCUGCAAACUCUGCAAAGGCCGCCACCCAACACUCCUUCAUGAGGACAGAGGCUCAGCACCAGCAUUGCAACCGUCUGAGAAGAACAGUGACGAAUCUGAAACGCCAGUCAAAAAUGGGUCUGUCGGUAUGACGCAGACUGGAGCGAAUCUGCAGUCGAACAUGCCGGUCAUUCCAGUCAAGGUAGGCGACGGUAAAACAGUAUCUACAUACGCCUUCCUGGACAGUGGCAGUUCCGCCUGCUUCUGCACUGAGUCCUUGCUGACAGCUCUGCAGGCGGGUAUCCACUGCACUCCAACGCGAUUGACUUUGGAAACCGUGAACCCGGAAGUGACCAGGAUGAAGAGUCUCAUCAUCAACGGCAUCCAAGUGUCUGAUCUUGAAGAAAGUUCCUUCAUAUCACUUCCAGCAACGUACACCCUGGACAAGAUUCCAGUUUCUCGCGACGACAUUCCCACAGCGCGGGAUAUAGAAGUCUGGCCUCACCUGAGAGAAUUGGAACUUCAGGACAUCAAUUCGGAGGUCAGCCUGAUGAUUGGCAACAAUGUGCCAGAAGCAAUGGAGCCAUGGGACGUCAUCCACGGGAUGCCAGGCGAGCCGUUCGCGGUGAAAACCAAGCUGGGGUGGGUCGUUAACGGCCCCAUGAAGCCAGAAACUGGCCAAAACAUCCGCUUCAACAGGGUCAGCGUCAAAGAGGACGUUCACGAGAUGUUUAUAAGGAUGUACAACGAUGAAUUCAGAGACGAAAACAUGGAGGGAAAAGGAAUGUCUCAAGAAGAUCUGGUGUGGCUGAACAAGGUCGAGUCAGCAUGUGAACUUACGAGUGACAACCACUACCAGAUACCACUUCCUUUCAGAGAUGAAAAUGUGCGGCUUCCAAACAACAUUACAAUGGCCACCAGAAGACUGGAGUCGCUGAAGCGGAAGCUCUCUGGAGACGAACGUCUUCUCCAGGAUUACACUAUCUUCAUGGAGGAAAUGUUGAAGAAAGGCUACGCCGAAGAGGUUCCAGAAGAAAAGACGAAUGAGGGCAAGGUCUGGUACCUUCCUCAUCAUGGUGUCCGUCAUCCCCAGAAGCCAGAAAAACUGAGAGUGGUUUUUGAUUGCGCAGCGAAGUUUCACGACACCUCUCUGAAUGACAGGCUGCUUCAGGGUCCAGACCUCACCAACGACCUGCUGGAUGUUUUGCUGAGGUUCAGGGAGGGAGCUGUAGCAUUUACGGCAGAUGUCGAAGCCAUGUUCUACCAGGUGAAGGUACCGUCGGGGGAUCGAGACUUCCUCAGAUUCCUCUGGUGGCCAGAGGGCAACUUGAAGAUGCGCCCAAAGGCGUAUCGUAUGACGGUUCAUCUGUUCGGGGCCUGCAGCUCACCCAGCUGUGCGAGCUACGCAUUGAAGAAAACGGCCAAGGACCAUGGAGUGCUGUUCGAAGACGGUGCUGCCCAAACUGUUUCCAACAACUUCUACGUCGAUGACUGCCUGAAGUCUGGACAAGACCAAGAGAAAGUGACAGCGCUGGCGCAUGGUGUGAAGCAGCUCUGCGCCUUGGGGGGAUUCAAUCUCACCAAGCUCAUGAGCAACAGCCGUCAACUGCUGAACUCAUUCCCCUCCGAAGAACGUGGAAAGAAGGUCAAGACCAUCGAUCUCAGUCAUGGUGAGCUUCCUGAGACAAAGGCUCUAGGCGUGGUUUGGAUUCCGGAGGAUGACGCGCUGGUGGUGAAAACUGAAGUGACAACGAAAGAACCAACCAGAAGGGGGAUACUCGCGACGGUCAGCUCCGUCUAUGACCCGCUGGGCAUAGUCGCUCCCUUCACCCUGUCAGGGAGAAUGAUCCUUCAAGAGCUGUGCAGACUGGAACUGGGAUGGGACCAGCCCUUGCCUCCCCACUUAGAGGAUAUGUGGAAGAAGUGGAUAGAAGCCCUGCCAAAGCUUGCAGACUAUCACAUUGACAGAUGUGUGAUGCCCAGACAUUUGGCUGAUUAA